UCCCAGACGGCACUGUGUAAAUGAUGAUAAUUUGUGUUCUUAGGUUGUUUGUCUGAGUUGAGUAAAAUUUGGAUUCGUUGGAAAACUAGAAAAGUAAGAUCUGAUAUAUAGCUACUCUAGUAACAUGGCCAAGAUCACAGAGCUUCCUUCAGAUGAUGAUUCUACACCAGAAGCAUCCAACAAGCCUUCUUCCAAGUCCCAGCAAAACUCUCUACCAAAACGGAAAAAAUCUGAUGAAUCGAUGUCUUUGAAAAACACUAGUGGUGUUUUAUACGUUAAUUAUAUCUUAUUGCCAAUAGUAAUGAUUAUUUUAAGCGCUGUAUUUUUGUAUUUCACUCAAAAUCACGAUAGAGAGGCGAAGUCAAGCCGACAAAAGAAGGGCAUCUUGAUGACAGCCACAGAGCUUUCAAAGCACGAUGGAUCGGACUCCAGCAUACCAAUUUACAUUGCAAUACUUGGACGUGUGUAUGAUGUUGAUAAAGGCAAAAGACACUACGGCAAAGACAGCGGUUAUAAUAUAUUUGCAGGCCGUGACUCUACUCCAUCUUUCGUGACAGGACAAUUCUCAAGAGAAAAAGCUACAGAUGAUGUCACAGGCCUCAGUCCUGAAGAAAUGCUUGGAAUAAAGGAAUGGAUGGAUUUUUACAGAAAAGAUUACACCUAUAUUGGCAAGGUAAUUGGAAGAUAUUAUGAUGAAAAUGGCUCACCAACUUCUGCACUGAAAAAAGCUAAGAAACUUAUCAAAGAAGGAAAACUCCUCAAAGAGAAGCAGAAAGAAGAAGAGAAAAAGUUUCCACCAUGUAAUUCAAAGUGGAGUCAGGACGAGGGSUCUGAAGUGUGGUGCUCAACAGAAAGUGGAGGAAUUCGAAGGAGUUGGACUGGUGUUCCAAGACAGUUUUUCAAGCCAGGCAGUAGACAAGCAAAGUGUGUUUGUGUAAGGACAACAGGGCCAUCUAGUGAUACAUUGGAAGGAAAUGAAGGUGACUUGAAUAAUCCCAACCUAAAGUUAUACCCAGGAUGUAAAAGGAUGGAUGUUUUGUGCAAGUUAAAGAGUUAAUUGAACWUUGGUAUUACAAUGGACAAUAAAACUAUUGCGGAAUGCUAUGGAAAAUCCUGGAAUGAGAAAGCCCAUUGAUGUAUUGGAACAAAAGUGACCUCAAAUCCCAAUUUUGUCAUUGAAAGCUGCAGAAGUCUUUGGCAUUGUUAGUUUUGGCCAAACUCAUGCAGUUUCCCUUGACAACAUUCAACAAAAAACAUCAGCCUUAAUACUUUUUUUUCACUCAUGUAAUGGCUUGUUUUUUUUUUCCAAACACUUACAAAUUAACAUGCAUUCAGCUGAACCAACACUGUUGUUCAGUUUUUGGUUUUGCUGCAUGCAUGCUAUCACGAAUCUUUAGUUAUUUCAGACAUGAUGACAUUACUCAGAUUUGUUGUAAAGAGAACUUGCUUACAUAUUCGCAUACAGCUGUACAACUUGAGACUGUAGUAUCUCACUCAAAAUGUCUGAAUGUUUACGUUUAGGUUAAAAGAAUCAGAAACAACCUACAGUACAAACCUAAUGAUUUUUCCUUGUAUUCGUCAUUUUUUCCGUUAUGGUUUACAAUAAAACKCUUAUUAUUAUACAUAAA